AUGUUGAUGAAGGAGCUGAUUUCCUUUUGUGAUGGAAAAUGUAAUCCUAUUCGUAACUUCACUAUCAAAGAGAUUGAGAGAGUGACAAAUAAUUAUGACACACUUUCUCUAUGUUCUGCACGGGAUUGUAGAUUAUACAAGGGUUUUCUUCAAGACAGGCCAGUUUUUGUUAAGAAGUUUGAAGGUGAAUUUGUGGUGCAUCAAUUUGUUGUUAAUAGCAUUGUGAUUGGAUCAAGGAUGAGUGUCCACAAGAAUGUUUUGAGGCUUAUAGGAUGCUGCUUAGAGGCCAAAAUUCCAAUUCUAGUGCAUGAAUUUGCAGAGAAUGGAAGUCUUGAAGGUCGUCUCCGUGGUUCCCAAGGAACACAUGGGCAGCCUUUACCUUGGAAAUGUAGGCUGAGGAUCGCAAUUGAUGUAGCUAGUGUAGUUGCAUAUCUUCACACUGCAUUUUCCAGGCCCGUAAUCCACAGGGGUAUUAGAGCCUCGUUGAUUCUAUUGGAUAAACAUAAUGUGGCCAAAUUGUCUGAUUUCUCACUUUGCAUUUCUAUUCCUGAUGGGGAAUCGCACGUACAAGAUGUUGUGCGGGGAAGAAUGGGGUACAUUGCACCUGAAUACUUAAAUACUGGUUUUGUGAACGAGAAAGUGGAUGUUUUUGCUUUCGGGAUGCUUCUGUUUGUGCUUCUGACUGGACAGCUUCUGAAUGUUGAUUCGUUUGUUCUAUCCAAUCUCGAGGAUUGUGAUCUUGAAAACAAUCUGCUUAGUGAGGUUGUGGAUCCCUCAAUAUUGGAAGAGGAAAGUUGGCCUGGGAAAGAACAGCAGUUGCAAGAUCUUGCUGAACUUGCAUUUAGGUGCACCAGUAAAAAAGAGGAAAAUAGGCCAACAAUGACCGACGUUGCAAAACAACUUAGGCAAAUUGAGAGAACUUGGGGAUUAAUUGCAACUAACCAUGCAUCUACUGGUUCUGUGACUGAGAAACCUGAUUUUUUCCCCCUUUGGCAUGAUGAUGAGAACAGGAACAAGGAUGACCAUGAUGACUAUCCAGUUGGAUGA